AAAACCCCGGACUUCAACGUUGAGGUUAUGAACCAGAACUGAGAGGAUCGGAAAUAAUAAGCAGAUUGUUCCCAAUGGAUCCUGAGCAAUGGAAGAAGAGCCAAGAAUCAGAGGAGGGGAACCCUUACAGAAGGCAUGUCACGCCAGGAUGGUCACGGGCAAACUCCGGGAGAGGAAAUGGCUCUGUAGAGCGACCUGGCUACUCAGCACUGCAAAAUAGUGGAAUCUCUAGGCACAGCACACGACCAUCAGACCAGAGUGGCCCUCCAGUUUCAAGACGAGCACUUUCGACACCCAGGCAAGAGCAACUGCUAACAGCCAGAGAGUUUGGAGGAAGGAACCAGGAAAGGACCUGUAAUCCCAAUCCUAGGCAUCAAGAUGAGAGGCGCAACGCUGCAAGAGCACCUCGACAUCCAAGUGGAAGAGUUCCCGGGCCUCAGGGGAAUCGGCAAGAGGGCAGAAGGGAGCAGCACAAUGAGCGAAGGAACGAACCCAGAAGAAGAGACUUUCACGAAGGGGGGAGAGGUAGGCAGGGCGAUCGCGGAAAUCCUCACUUUCAGAGAAGGGGUGGCCCGGAACACACCAGGGAGGGCUAUGCGAAGGACGGAGAACAGCACGUGAGAAAGAUAGGCUACAAGACCAUGGAAGUGCUUUUGGACAAGGACCCAUCUGAAAUUGUCAUCACAUUAGCAUGCAACUCAGGCCUUAAAGACCUGCUGAACCAACAGGUGAAUACAAAUUUUAUCCAACUCAUUUGUAAAGUCUUGUGCAAGGCCUGCAAGUCAAGGACAGACCGUCAGAGCAUUCAGCAUCUCCUGAGCAUUGUGAAGGACUCGGCCUUUCUGAAAAACUAUUUGCCUCGCUACGUGGUUCAGAUGGCCACAGAUCCAAUGCCCUCACGCAGGAAACAGUAUCCUGAAUAUAUUGAAAACAUUUUGUUCUUGCUGCAGGAGCUGGUCAGCAUUUUCCCAGCCAGCUCAGUGCAGGAGACCUCGAUGAUGAUCUUGGUAUUGGAGCCGACAGUGAACACUCUCCGGGCUGCUGGUGUGUCAAUCGGGGACCAGAUUGAAAAGAGCAUGGAGAAAGUCCAGAACAUCAUCCACCAUCUCCAAGAAAGGAGAAGGGAUGGGACACUCAGAACAGAUACGCGUUUGUUCCUCGAUCCUCAUGAAACUGGCCCAGAAGACAACUACAGAACCAUGACCAUAUAUCCUACCUACAGUGAGGUGCAUUUGGAUGAGAAACCCUUCCUUAGACCGAAUCUGAUCAGUGAAAAGUACGACAGUGCCGAGGUUUACCUCGACACCCAUUUCCGUCUUCUGAGAGAAGACUUCGUAAGGCCUCUGAGAGAAGGAAUUGUAGAAUUGCUUCAGAAUUAUGACGACAAAGGCUUAAGGAGAAGAAAAUUUGAUGAUAUCCGCGUCUAUUUCAACACACGGAUUAAAGUCCCCCUCUGCACUUCCACUGGAGUAGGCUAUAAGAUUGAGUUUGACACUCGGCCCCUGAAGUUUGUCAGGUGGCAAAAUUCUAAGCGUUUGCUGUACGGUUCCCUUGUGUGCAUGUCAAGAGACAACUUUGAAACCUUAUUAUUUGCUACAGUCUCAGACCGGGAUCCUGAAGAGCUCAAGAAGGGCAUCGUCCAUCUCUCUUUUAAUGAACGAAGUCGCCCGAUCCUGGCAGAGGUCCAGCCUUCCGAUUCCUUUCUGAUGGUGGAAACCACAGCGUAUUUCGAAGCCUAUCGCCAUGUUCUGGAAGGGCUCCAGGAGAUCCGAGGGGAAGAUGUUCCUUUCCAGAAAUACAUUGUGGAAUGUUGGGCAGACAUCAGUGCACCGAGCUACCUGCUUUUUGGCGAUACCUACAAUCUGGAAGCACUGAUGAAGGAAGGUUCUCACGACUGCGAGGAAGAUUUUGAGCCACAUCUCGAAUUUGUGCGAAGGCAAAACAAAAUCAACGUCCUCAAUCCAGCAUCGUGGCCUUCCAAACAAGCGCUCAAGUUGGACGAGUCACAGAUGGAAGCUCUGCAGAUGGCACUGACCAAGGAACUGGCCAUCAUUCAAGGACCUCCAGGAACAGGAAAAACGUACGUAGGAUUAAAAAUUGUCCAAGCUCUUUUGGCCAACGAGCCAGUUUGGCAGCCUGGGCUAAGGAAGUGUCCGAUUUUGGUCGUAUGUUACACCAACCAUGCAUUGGACCAGUUUCUAGAAGGAAUCUAUGGAUUUUUGCACCGAGGCCUGGUCAGAGUAGGUGGAAGGAGCAACAGUGAGCUACUGAAGAAGUUCACUCUGAAGGAGCUGCGGAACAGCAGGGACUUCAGAAGAAAACUGCCUCAACAUCUGCGAGGAGCCUAUUUUGAGGUAACAAACCAGAUGAGGGAAUCGGAACAAAAGAUAUGCGAGGCAGCCAAGCACCUGGAAUGCACCACACAUGGGGUCCUUCAUGAGCAGUUCUUGGAGAAAUAUAUCCUGGAAAGGCACUGGAACAGCUUGCAACGUGGGCUGGCAUAUGAUGACUUUCAUUUUUCUGGAAGAAGACAUUCAAUGAUCGUAGAAUGGCUGGGGCUUGGGUUUACGGCUGUGACCGGAAUACCUGGAGUUGAUCAACAGAACCCAGAAAAUACAGAAGACGCACAGCAGGAGGACAGCGAAGAUGAAGACAGAGAGGAGGAAUUCAUUCACAUCUCCGAGGAAGCAGAGCUCAUCCAGGCGGAGAGAGUGAUCGACGACGAAGAGCCCAAACUGAGGAGCAAGAAGAAACACGACGGAGAUAUUGCUGAACUGGCAAAUAUGCUGCUGGCGAUGAACCUAGAGAACCAGGCAACUCAACAAGCUCAAAUGGGAGCCAACAGUGCAUCGCAGCAGCAGGAGGAAGCACCCUGGGAGGUACAGAGAGACCAAAAGAAGAAAAUGAAACAGAAGGCGAAAGCAGAGUUACUGAAAAGUGGCGCAAUGAGUGAAAUGGAGGAAAAGGGAAUUAUCAAUAUCUGGACCCUUCCCUUGAAGGAUAGGUGGCACCUAUACAGGUUAUGGCUGUCUGCUUAUCAGAUUGACAUCAGACGGCGGUUAGUUCAGCACGAGCAGCUGUACCAGGCAGCUGCGGACAGGCUGGCCGAGCUGAGGCUGCAGGAAGACCUCUGGGUCCUGAAAGAAGCCAAAGUUGUUGGGAUGACAACCACAGGUGCGGCUAAAUACAGAAAAGUGCUUCAGGAGGUAGGGCCUCGGAUUGUGGUGGUGGAGGAAGCAGCUGAGGUUUUGGAAGCACAUUUGAUAACCACACUGAGCAGUGCAUGCCAGCACCUAAUUCUGAUUGGAGACCAUCAACAGCUCCGGCCCAGUGCUACUGUGUAUGAUCUGGCCAGAAACUUCUAUCUGGAGGUGUCUUUGUUUGAACGCCUUGUGAAAAUGAAUGUUCCUUAUGUGCGACUGGAUUAUCAGCAUCGAAUGCGGCCUGAGAUAGCGGAGCUGUUGACUCCUCAUAUCUAUGAGCAGCUAGAGAAUCACCCAUCUGUAAUGGAAUAUGAAAACAUCAAGGGCGUUUCCUCUGACCUCUACUUUCUGGAGCACGAUUUCCCUGAAGAGGAAAUCCAAGAUGGGAAGAGCCAUCAGAACCGUCAUGAGGCAGCCUUUGUCGUGGCACUGUGUCACUAUCUGAUCUGCCAGGAUUACUCUCCCUCGCAGAUCACCAUCCUCACCACCUACACAGGACAGCUCUUUUGCCUGCGUAAGAUGAUGCCGUCCAAGAAGUUUGCCGGGGUGAGAGUCCACGUGGUCGACAAGUACCAGGGAGAGGAAAACGACAUUAUUUUACUUUCUCUGGUGAGAAGCAACCGAGCGGGUAAGGUCGGGUUCUUGCAGAUCGCUAACCGCAUUUGCGUGGCUCUCUCGCGCGCCAAGAAAGGUCUUUACUGCAUAGGGAACAUGAGCAUGCUGGCGAACGUGCCCCUCUGGAGCAAAAUCAUGCACACCUUGCGGGAGAAAGGCAACAUCGGGCACUCGCUGAUGCUCACUUGUCAGAACCACCCCAAAACGGCCACCCUGGUGUCCAAGGCAGACGAUUUCAGCCAGGUGCCCGAAGGGGGCUGCAGCCUGCCAUGCAAUUUCCGUCUGGACUGCGGCCACGUUUGCACCCGGGCUUGCCACCCGUACGACAUGGAGCACAAGAAGUUCAACUGCAUGAAGCCCUGCCAGAAGGUGCUCUGCCAGGACGGCCACCGGUGCCCGAGGUCGUGCUACGAGAAGUGCGGCAAUUGCCGGGUGAAGGUGGACAAGGUGAUCCCGCUGUGCGGUCACCUGCAAAAAGUGCCUUGUUCCAUGGACCCGGAAAAUUUCUCCUGCAAGGAACCCUGCUCCAAGACCCUCUGGUGCGGCCACCAAUGCGUCGCCUCGUGCGGGGAAGACUGCGCCACCUGCACCGUCAAAGUGCCGAUCACGCUCAAGUGCAAUCACACUCAGGAGGUGGAAUGCUACAUCAAGGAAGCCGCAAGGAUCGGAACCUCGGUGGCCUGCAAAGAGAAGUGCAAGGCCCUGCUGGACUGCGCCCACCAGUGCACGGGCUCCUGCCACCGUUGCUACGAGGGGCGUUUUCACGCCAGCUGCACCCAGCCCUGCAGGCGGCUGCUCAUCUGCUCCCACGAGUGCCUGGAGCCCUGCACGAACCAGUGCCCCCCCUGCCGGAGGCCCUGCCAAAAUGUGUGCAAGCACAGCAAGUGCGGGAGGAAGUGCGGGGAGCUGUGCACGCCCUGCAUAGAGCCGUGCGAGUGGGCCUGCCGCCAUUACAGGUGCCAGAGGCUCUGCUCGGAGCCUUGUGACCGGCCUCCCUGCAACGAGCCUUGCAGGAAGAGGCUCAAGUGCGGUCACCCCUGCAUCGGCCUGUGCGGGGAACUUUGCCCCAAGAAGUGCCGCGUCUGCCACAACGCCGAAGUCACAGAAAUCAUGUUCGGCAGCGAGGAUGAGCCGGACGCCAGGUUCGUUCAGCUGGAGGACUGCGGCCACAUCUUCGAGGUCAGCGGCCUUGACCGCUACAUGAACCAGGAGGAAGACGGAGAGGGCACGGUGAUCAAGCUGAAGGACUGCCCAAGGUGCCGAACCCCAAUCAGGAAAAACCUACGCUACGGAUCUAUCAUAAAGAAGAGUCUCGGCGAAAUCGAGAAGGUGAAGAAGAUCGUGAAGGGCGACCCUGAGGAAAACAUGAGAAACGGGCAACAUCUGAUGGCAGUGCUGAAGGAACACGCCAUCAUAGCUCAGCAGUUUCAACUUCAGAAUAAAAGACUCUCCUCCGCCCUCCUCUCCUCUGGGAUCUCGAUGCAGGAUUUGAGCGUUGCUGAAAAUAAAAUAACAUUCCUCUCAAGACUGGCGGAACUUAAAAGUCAAGAGGCAAGGCUAAAUUUUGACAUGAAAGGCAAGUUUAUUACAAAGCUGAACGAGUGUCUAAGGUGGUUGGAUAAAUCUCGCUCAAAAUUCACGGGACAGGAGCUCAUGGAUCUACAAAGCGAAAUUCAGCGGAUAACAUUUCUCGUCGACCUUUACGUCCGGUGUAACAUAGCUUCGAGCAGGAAGCUGAACUCCUCAACAGAACAGGACAUCAACAGCAUACAGAUAAUUCUUGAAGGUACAAAGAAGUUCACGGAAGAGGAGGAGCAAUUUGUUAGGGAGAAAAUGGAAAAACUGAAGUCCGUUCUGCCUGCAACCGGGCUCGGUAUUUCUGACUGUGACAGGGUAAUGAUUAUCAAGGCGAUGGGACUCCGUCAGGGUCACUGGUUCAAAUGCCCAAAUGGUCAUGUCUACGUUAUUACUGAAUGUGGAGGUGCAAUGGAAAAAAGUAAGUGUCCGGAUUGCAAUGCAACGAUUGGGGGUAUGGACCAUGCUUUAGAGAGCAGCAACCAACUGGCUUCGGAAAUGGACGGUGCUCAGCAUUCUGCCUGGUCAGACAUUGCGAAUAAUAUGAUGAACUUUGCAGAUCUUCGAAGAUUCCUGUAGAAAUUUAACGAGGCGGGUGGGGUGGGAGUUGAGGGCGUGAUCCCGCUGAUUGGUUUCCACGCAUUUGAUCGUUGGAGGUUGAAACAAACAACCACAAAAACAACCUGUACUGUUUACAUUAACAUUUUGCUAGCUUUAGCAGAACACCGGCAAUUGUGUUGGGACAACUCGCGCUAUGCUAAUGUUGGAGGUAAAUGGGCGGGAAAAACAAUUUACUGUGGUAGCUUUCGACUUACAAUCGCAUCUCAGUAUAACUGCAUCUCAAGAGAAAUCCAUUGCUGUGCAUUGAAAAAUGGAUGAUCUAUAGUGAAUUAAAAGGAUGUUUGUGGUCCUGAGUUGAUUUUGUUGGGGCUCGUAUGUCUUGCAGUCAGUACACUGUAUUUGUAACCCCCAAAUCAAAUGAGGGAACAUGUUGAACUUUGUAAUUCGGUGCCACCCAUGCUGUUCAUUUUGUAACUAUAUCGAGUGUUUUUAAUGUGUCUCUUAUUACAGGGAACAUGAUUUGGAAGUUACAGUUCUGUAAUUUCCUGCAAAAUAGCACAUUUUGGCCCAAGUGCUCUCAGGCAUCCAUUACGAGGCUGGAAAUAAUUUUUUGCUUGUCACGCUGAUCGUUAACUAUCCAAAGGGACCGACUCACUUUGCUGGGCAGCUUGCUCUCCAUUGCUGUGCUGUUUUAAUUUCUGACAGGAUCUCAGCUGGUUUUUAAAAGUACAGAGAUGCUAACGCUGAAAACGUCAAAGGAGUUAUGCCACUUUUAGUUUUGCCACUUUUUAAAUGAAUUUCAGCAGGGGAUUAGUCGAAGGGAGGUGACAUCUUCCUGGUGGCAGGGGUGCCAGAGAGUGAGGCACUGCACUGGUGGAGAAAUAUUUUGCAUUUUUAGUUAUUUGCAAUUUUUAUAUAUAUAUAUAUAUUAUAUAUGGUAUAUUUUGUUCAGGUUGUCUAUGGCAAAGCAAAUGCUUGAAGAGCAAACAGCAUGGUUAUUAAGUGCUAAGAAGUGGGCAUUACAUAAAGCAGCACAUUUAACACUGAAAAAUCGGGUCAUUCCUUAAAACCACUUAAGAAUGGUGGGUGAGCCUCAUUUCCUCGCUUCUCACAAAUUACUAUGGUGCUGCCCCUCCGCCUCUUUCCACCUCUUGCAGCUGCUUCCUUGAACCCAUGGAGGCUUCCCUCUGAAAGUGAUACUGAUGCAGCACACGCCUCCCAUUCUUGCUUCCCCCUUUCAUUCCCCCCCUCUCCACGUCACCUCGGCACUACAGUCAUUGUAUGUGCAUCGUUACUGACACGUCUCCUACCUCAGGGUUGGACCAGCGAAGCUGCACAAUAGGGCCAGGAUCGGGGCAGGAAGCGAGUGGCACUUCAGAUCUCUUGUGCAUUGUGUGAGAUUCCAAAUCCAUGAGAAAAUUGGAUUUUUUUUUUAAAAUUUCAAAAUUAAAAACGAGAAACUUCAGCUCCACGAACGAGAAAGUCCGAAAUCACUCAUUGGGAGUCGCCGUGAAUAGGACAGCAAGUUGGUAUCUUGGAAAUGUUUUAUUUCUGAAUUCCGUGGCAGGACGAGCAGUUCGAACGUCAGCCCAAACAGAAUUCGCCAGAGGUUGAGACUGGGUAUCCCGCUGGAGUUUCACAGUCCAAUGUUACGAAACAAGUUUUGAAGUGUGAGUCGCAACACUUUGAAAGCCAACCGAUGAAUUUAGCAUUUUUUUUCUUUUUUUUAAAAAAAAUCUUGAUUAGAGCUUCAAGUAAGUCCCUUAAGUCGAAGUCUAGCAUUGAAUCAAGGUAAGCAAAGUUGCCAGGUAGUUAGUUUGUUAUACAAAACACUUCACUUAGCAAAUUGGAGCUGCAAAUUUAUAGGAAAAGAAUGAUGUUCUUGUGGCAAUGUUUUAUUUCAAAACCAGGGCAAAUUCAAAUUUCUCACGCCUGUCAUGAUGAAGUUAUGUAAAAUGAUUUAUAUUCACAUUUAUGGAAUUACUAUUUUUGUUUUUAUUUUAAAUUCUUCCAGUUUAAGUUUUGUCAAGGAUGAUCGUGUUAGAGAUCCUGAGUCUGUGUGUUUUUGUUAUUUUAACCCAUCGAUUAUUGAACUUGUACUCGCACCCUUCCUGUGUAUUUGACUAGAUGAUGCUCUUAAAAGAAAUCUGAACUGAAGAAAAAUUGUAACUGAAGCUGCAGUGUUUUUUUAAAAAUAAAUCUCGCAUAAUAAACUAACAAAUUGCUAAA